CCGGGGGCGGGGGGGCGGCGCUCCCGGCGGGAAGCGGGGCGGCCGGGGAGCCCCGGGCGCGGGGCGGCGGUGCCCAGCGGUGCCCAGCGGUGCCCGCGGCCAUGUGGAGCGGCGGCCGGAGGCCGGGCCGGCUGCGCCGGGCGGCCUCUGCCGCAGAUAUGGAGAAACUCAGGCUGCGCGGCCCCUGGGUGUCCUGCCUCGGGCAGCCCCGCGUCCUGCAGGGCCCGCUGGCCCACUCCACGCCCUCGCUCUGGGACAGCGCGCUGCAGGAGCAGAAGGGAGAGCUGCGCAAGCGGCUGUCCUACACCACGCACAAGCUGGAGAAGCUGGAGACCGAGUUCGACUCCACGCGCCACUACCUGGAGAUCGAGCUGCGGCGCGCGCAGGAGGAGCUGGAGAAGGUGACGGAGAAACUGCGCAGGAUCCAGAACAACUACACAGCCCUGCAGAGGAUCAACCAGGAGCUGGAGGACAAGCUGUACCGCAUGGGCCAGCAUUAUGAGGAGGAGAAGCGCGCCCUGAGCCACGAGAUUGUGGCCCUCAAUAGCCACCUGCUAGAGGCCAAGGUGACCAUCGACAAGCUCUCAGAGGACAAUGAGCUCUAUAGGAAGGACUGCAACCUGGCCGCCCAGCUGCUGCAGUGCAGCCAGAGCUACGGCCGGGUCCAUAAGGUGUCCGAGCUGCCCUCCGACUUCCGGGAGCGCGUGAGCCUGCACCUGGCCGCCCAGGGCCGCAGCCUGUCCUCGUCGCUGUGCCCGCCGGCCUACGGCGACAGCGUGCCCACCUGCGUCAUCGCCAAGGUUCUGGAGAAGCCUGACCCCGCCAGCCUGUCCUCCCGCCUCUCGGACACCUCCGCCCGCGACCUGGCCUUCCGCGACGGGCUGGACAAGCCGGGCCCGCGGCCCCCCUACAAGGGGGACGUGUACUGCAGCGACACGGCCCUCUACUGCCCCGACGAGCGCGGGCAGCAGCGGCGGCCCAGCGCGGACCCGCCCGUCACCGACGUGGGCUUCCUGCGCGCCCAGAACUCCACCGACAGCGGGGCCGAAGACGAGGAGGAGACCGAGGCGGCGGCCGCCUUCCCCGCCGGCUUCCGCCACGAGGCCUUCCCCGGCUAUGCGGGCUCGCUGCCAACGUCCAGCUCCUAUUCGAGCUUCAGCGCCACGUCGGAGGAGAAGGAGCACGCGCAGGCCAGCACGCUGACCGCCUCGCAGCGGGCCAUCUACCUGAGCAGCCGCGACCAGCUCUUCGAGCACAAGCCGCCGCCCGCCGCCGCCACCGUCGCCACCUACGAGGGCAGCCCGCGCUUCGCCAAGGCCGCGUCCACCGGCACCGGCCCGCUGGAGGCCGAGGUGGCCCCGGGGUUCGCGCGGACCGUGUCCCCCUACCCGGCCGAGUCCUUCCGCUUCCCGGCCUCCCCGGGCCCCCGGCAGGCCCUGAUGCCCCCUAACCUGUGGAGCCUGCGGGCCAAACCCGGGAGCGCCCGGCUGGCCAGCGAGGGGCUGCGGAGCCAGUGGCGGCCCCUGAGCGUGGAGGACGUGGGCGCCUACUCGUACCCGGCCACGCCCGCGGGCCGCGCCUCGCCCUGCAGCUUCUCGGAACGCUACUACAGCAGCGGCGGCGGGGGCAGCCCGGCCGAGAAGGCCGAGGGUCGCGCCAGCCCCCUGUACGCCAGCUACAAGGCCGACAGCUUCUCGGAGGCCGACGACCUGGCCCCGGGCCACCUGGCCGAGCCCUGCUUCCUGCGGGCGGCCAGCGAGCGGAGCCUGAGUCCCAGCCGUGCCGCCGUCGACUCCCUGCCCGGCUACGCGGCCAGCGAGGGGGGCGCCGAGAGGCUGGGGGUGCAGCUGUGCGGCCCGGGGGGCAGCCCCGAGCCGGAGCCCAGCCUGCACAGCUCCCGGGACUCCCUGGAGCCCUGCUCCAUGGAGGCCUCCCCGGAAAUGCUCCCCGCGGCCCGCCGCAGCCCCCCGCAGGCCUUCCCGCGGACUGGCACCGUGGGGCUCAGCCGUAAGGACAGUCUCACUAAGGCUCAGCUCUACGGGACCUUGCUCAACUGAGCGACAGCCCCCGGACCCCCGGA